GCCAACAUUUCUCAGUGAGAUUUUAACUUGAGCACCAUUCCAUCAUGUUAGAUAAAACAGCUGGUGUAGUUUUUGUACUCUUCAUACUUUACAGUAAAGGAAUAAAUGGGUAUAAUUUAACAAUUAAAACAGAAAAUGGUUACAUAAAAGGUUACGAACAAAGAAGUUCCGUAAACCAGAGCGCAACAUAUUUUGCCUUCAGGGGUAUUCCAUAUGGGGAACCACCCGUAGGAUCUUUACGAUUUCAGGAUCCUAGACCAGUGUCAUCAUGGAAUGGGGUAAAGGAAGUCACAGACUGGGCGAAUUUGUGUGUCGUUCUUGAAACAUCUAUAGCAGGCAGUCCCGUUGUUGGUAGUGAGGAUUGUCUGUACUUAAAUAUUUAUGUUCCCAAAACAGAAAAGAAAAACGAAGAACUUUCUUUGCCAGUAAUGGUUUGGUAUCAUGGGGGUGGUUUUGUACGUGGUAGUUCUCGUCCAGAUCCCUCGUACUAUAUUGAAAAACCUGUUAUAAUUGCUGCAGUUUCAUACAGGUUGGGUAUCAUGGGUUUCCUGAGUACUCAUGACGAAAAUGCGAGGGGCAACGCUGGUUUGAAAGAUCAAACCUUGGGGUUGAAGUGGAUUAAGAACAACAUACAGCAUUUUGGAGGAAAUCCGGACAGAAUAACCAUAUUUGGGCAAAGUGCUGGAGGAGCUAGUGUUGGGUAUCAACUCCUUUCGCAAAGAAGUACAGGGCUUUUUAAUCAGGCCAUAUCACAAAGUGGCAGUACUUUAAACGAAUGGGGAUUCCAAGAAAACCCCUUGGAAUUAACAUUGAAACUUGCAAGACGGUUUAACAUAACAAGCAAUGAUACUAAAGAGGUCAUUGCUGGAUUACAAAAAAUUGACAUGGAAGUACUUAUCAAAAACUCUCAGCUUGACGGAUUAUUUUUACCGAGCGUAGAAGCUGAAAGCAAUGAGGCUUUCAUUAGUCAAAGUUCUUAUGAUUUGUGGAGUGCUGGUAAAUAUCACAAGGUACCAUUACUUAUUGGCUACAACUCAGAGGAAGGUGCUAAUAAUAGAAAUAGUGCCCCAAGAUACGCUCAAGAUCCUAGAAAUACGAUUCCUGCAGGCCUUCAUGUUAGUAAAAAAUCUCCAAUAGCGAAUGAAAUUGUCAAGGCCAUAACUCAACAAUAUUUUCCUGGCAAUUCAUACAGCAAUUUUACCAAUUGCAUUAAUUUCAUGACUCAACACUAUUUCGUAAGAGGCAUCAGAAAGACUAUCGGCGAUUUUGCAAAGUCUUCGGCACCUCUGUAUUUCUACAAGUUCACUUACGUCACUAAGGAGAACUAUACCAGAGGAGUAAAUGGAGGCGCUGGGCAUGCUGAAGAAGGUAAGUAUACGUGGUAUUCCAUACCAUUAGCUAAUCAGAACGAUGUCCGAAUGAAGGAUCGCAUGGUUACGUUGUGGACCAAUUUUGCCAUUUAUGGGAAUCCAACUCCAAAAGCAGAUGCACUGUUUAAUAACGUAAUUUGGCCAGAAGCUCACACGAAUGUUCCUAGUGUAGAUGACCUCCGCUAUUUGGAAUUAGGUUAUGACUUGGUUCCAGGAACAAGUCCCGAUCAAGCAGACUUUUUAUUCUGGAGAAGUCUUUUUCAAAAGUACGCAACGACUACUAUUUAUACAUACUAAAGUAUUAUUAAGUAUUUUAGUUGUUGUAUUUCCACCACUUGGUAUGUUUAAUAUGGAAAUAAAGAGAUUAUGACAAUA